AUGGAAGCCCGAAGCCCGAAGGUCAACGGCCUGGACGUGAUGUUAUACUUCUGGCCGGACGACCGAGACGGUCCGGACUUCUGCGGCUGGUGGUUUGGCCCGAAGGUUGGUGGAGAUCAGGUUUGGGCUUACCACUCAGAAAAGGCACCGACACCACCACUGAGCGGAUGGAAGGUGCCUUAUGACGGCCCCGUCGACAAUACUUUUAUCCUGCAGCCUGCAUCAGGCUAUCCGAAGCAACAGCCUGCAGGGUACCCUCCGCCGUAUGGGCAGCCGGCACCUGGCAUGCCCCAGCCCGUGGCUUAUGGCUAUGGUGCGCCACCUGCCUACGGAGUCCCUCCGGCCUAUGGGUAUGGUGGGCCGCCAGGCUACGAGGAUAGGGCGCCCGAGAGGGCAAGACGGGAAGACCGUCGUAGAGACGAGGAUGACCGGAGGAAAAAAGACGAGGAUGGGAAAGAGCGGCAGCGCAAUGCCGAAGAAGGGCGGAAGUCUGCAGCCAAAAGAAAGGAGGAGGAUGCUGCGCGGAAGAAAGAGCAAGAGCAGAAGCAGAAGGAGGAGGCAGCCAAGCAGAAAAAGGAUUUAGAGGAAAAGAGACGGCAGGAGCAAAGGUCCACUCUCGCCAUAAGAAGGGUCAUCCAAAAGGUCAGGCUAGCUUCACCUGAGACCUUCGAAGAGGUUCAAAAAGAGCUUCAGGAGAUUCUCAGAGUCGAGCUGGAGAACACUGGCAGCCAAAAAGAGCGCAUAAAAGAGGAAAGUGAGAAGGGACUGGAACAAGCAAUGAAAAGACUUGAUAGCAUCAGAGAGCAGCGGCAGAAGGAGUUAGAUAAAAAGGAGGCGGAGGACAAGAAGCGACAGGAGCAGCAAGCCAAAACAGAUGAGCUCCUCAAGGAGCUGAGCGAACUGGUGGAAGCAGCAGAGAUAGGUGUGGCCCGAUUGAAGGAGUUGGCUGCGCCGCUGUCCGAGAAGAUCGAAGACAGUGUGAAGGAGGUCGAGGCAUGCGCGCUGGCCGUCGAAGAGGCUGGCAGCGAUGCCAAGACUGCCACGAAGGCUUGUACUGACUUCAUCAUGGUGAACGGCAACGACAUCAAGGACUCCGCACCAAUUCCGGCGAUUCCUGGCGUUCAGGUGACUGGUGAGACCAAGCAGGCCCUGGGAAAGCUUUUGCAGCGAAUCAACGAGUGCGGCAAAACUGCCGAGUCUUUGAUACAAGCUGCAAGAGGAGCAAAAGAGCAGGCCGUGCGGCGUGCUUUUGCCAGGCAGAAAACCAAAGAGAUGGAGGCCAUGUUCGCAAAGUACGACAGGGACAAGGAUAAUGUGCUGAGUCAAGCUGAGGUGGUCACGUAUGCCAAGAAAGAGAUGUCAGUGAAUGUGGACAAGGCUCUUCUGGACAAAGUUUGGAGAUGCACCGUGGAUGCUGACGAGAGGGGGGUAAGUUUCGGAAAGAUGUACUUGCUGAAUGCAUCCAUCGGCAUUGUCCGGGAGAUGCAAAGGAACGAGCGUCGCAAGGCAGCACGGAUAGCAAAGGAGCGAGUUCUGGCAGGGCUUCGAGAGAAGGUGCGGGCCAAAGUUCGCGAGGCAGAUCGCUUCGCACUGGAGUUCGAGAAGGAACUCCGUGCGAUGGAGAAGGUCGUGGCUCCUUUAUUCGGAAAGGCCAAGACGGCUCCAGUUUCCGAAAUGGAGGAAGAAGCCGAUCGCUGCGAUGGCUUGGUGAAGGCUUGCAGAGACACAGAGGAGAAGAUGCGGCAGCGGGUGAGGUCGAUUCCGCUUGGCUUCGACAAGAAGUAUGAGGAUGACUUGAGGGAGUUCGUGAACAUUGAGACGAAGCCAUUGGAGUCUCGAGUGGGUCGUGCAGACCUACGGCUCAUCCGGGCUACCAACCUUAGCAGGCUGUACCGCGAGCAGGGCUGGCGCAGAAGGGCGCAGGAGCUCGAGGUUGUCCGCAGCUUCGCCAUGAAGGUGGCUCGCCAGUUUGCUAGACUCAACAAACUCACUUACGAGGAGCUGUUCGGCCACGUAGAUUCAGAUGGGGAUGGAGCUCUGGAUGAGGAGGAGUUCAUCUCCUUCUUCUCAACGAUAGACAAGGAUGUCAAAGAAGAGGAGUUUGAGCCUCAAGAGCUCUCUGCGGCAGCGGAGGAGGCAGAGCCGGAAAAGCCGGUCCAGGCUUCCUUAGAAGAGGCGGACAACGAGGCAGCCGAUGAGUCGAACGUCACCAACAACGUCAGCCCAGUGGCGGUUGCUGCGCUGGACCAGGAGGCUGCCGGCCGGUUGCAAGCGAUACAAGCCAUCAUGCUGCAAGCUACUCCUAAGCCCAAGCCGAAGCCGAAGCCCGUGGCCAAGGCAGAGUUGACGGCAGAAGAGUUGAAAAGUCUCUUCCGAAGUAUCCUGGAACCGCACGAGGUGAAGAUCUCUCGGGAGGUUUUUCUCCGCAUCGUCAAGGCAUACUACAAAGUUGUCAAGGAGACACCAAUGACGGAGAAGUUGGAGGUCAACGGCAGCCAGACGGUCCACCAGCUCAAAGUUGGAGAGAUCCUGGAAAUGCUGGAGGGCCCCGAGAAAGAAACUUCCCUGAAGGUCUUUCGAGCCAGGGGCAAGGUUGUGGGAGAUGAGACUGACAAGGAAGGCUGGGUGACCAUCGCGGGCAACCAGGGCACAAUUUUCCUGCAAGAGGGCGGCCACCUGUGGAAGGUCCUCAGGCAAAGUGAGCUCUCUGAGACUAUGGAGGACACCCAGCCAAAGGCAGGUGUCCGUAAGGUCAAGGAGGGGGAGGUGCUGGAGGUCCUGACCUGGCCGAAAAAGGAUGAGGAGUCCGGCCUGAUGAGGCUGCGCGUGAGAGCCAAAAUGGACGGAGUGAUCGGGUGGAUGACCCAGAUCAGCAAGGAUGGCACUGUGAUUGCCGAUCCUAUCUGA